CGGAUGCGAGGCAAAGCCAUGGCCAGCAGCAGCUCGCUAGCACUCAUGGCUUGAGAGUGACCACGAUGAUGAUGCCACAUAAUUCUCGCGGCAGAAAUCGCGACACCUUUCCUUGCAACCAAAGCCAAGCGCUCUCCUUCGUCUCCCUUUAACCUGUCCCUCACAUGCUCCCGUGCCGUUCAGUCGCUGUCGCGCUGUCUCUCUUAUAUACCCCACACGACACACAGGUCGCCGAAGUCCGAGCUCCUCCAUGUCCUCUCUCUUCUACAGCUACGGGCGGCUGGGCUGAUGCAAAUGCAAGCAGAGUAAGCUAAGCAGGAACAGUGAUUAGCUGAGCAGCAGAAGCUUAAGCAGCUGGCUUAGGUAGGUAGCUGGCCGAGACGCCAUUCAUGGCCACCGGGUGCAAGGCGGCCAUCGGCUGCGUGGACGCGCGCGCGCCGGUGCGGGCAAGCUACGUCAGCCUGUACAAGUGGCCCGAGUCCGACGCCGAGUUCGUCAAGUCGGUGGCCAUGGCGCGGCGCCAGGGAGGCGGAGGCGGAGGGCAGGAUAGCCCCGGCGCCAGCGCGUCCUACUACAGCUACAGCGGCAGCGCCAGCAUGCGCCGCGGCGGCGGAUACAGCGGCGAGCUGGCGGCGGGGUACGCGAGCCCGCUGGUGGUGGACAGCUACUCGUGCCGGCAGAUGUACCUUCGCAGCUACACCUUCUCCAAGAAGAAGGAGACCGUGCCCGAGCGCACCAUGGCAUGCCUCGGCCGCGUCCGGGAGCGCGCCGCGGUGUUCCCCUUCCUCCCGCAGCGCGGCGGCGGCGGCGGGUCCGCGGCGGCCUCCGACGCCGGCUCGGUCGGCAGCGCGAGCAACAUUGCCGGCGGCGCCGUCGGCCGCAGCGAGAGCAGGGACAGAGAGGACGUGGGCCUCCGCGACAGGAAGGCGAGGAGGAGCCGAAGCCGGAGGAAGAAGCAGAAGAAGCGGUGCGCCAUGGUGAGGAGGCUGCAUGAGGCGUCGUGCGGCGCGGUGCGCGCCAUCUUCCGCCGCCUCCUCGCCUGCACCACCAGCGUGGACGUCGCCGACGGCGGCGCGCGGCCGGCCCGCUGAAAUAUGGCCGCGCAAAGCACGUGGUGCGGCGUGUGGUGCCAUGCUGUGGUGCCUUGUGCAUGCACGCUGCCAUAACCCUUUUUUUUUUUGAGCAAGACACGCUGCCAUAACCUGUGUCGAUUUUCUUGUGCCUGUCUGCUAGUAAAUGAAACUGCAUUCCUCUCUAGACCUGCAGGCUGCAGUACAGUAGCUAUAGCAGAACUGCAGAUGUAGAGUAAGACGACAUGGACGACAAUCAUAUCAGGGAUCUUACGUACGUAUUGUAAGUGAAAUCAAUUUUUUCUUGCAUUGUGUUAUCUAUUUGGUGUUGAUCUUUCA